AUGGCAAACUUGCAAAAGUUAUGCGAGCAAUUAGCUCCUUUAGAAAUCGCUUAUGCUGAUGUUCGCUUUUACGACGUGGAUGUAGAACAAACAGAACAGCAGUAUGAAGGAUUAAUGUCAUUGUUAAACAAAGAAUUACAUGACGAAAAAAUUUUAAAUGAAUCUGCUGCACAAUUGGCUGCAGAAUUUGAACUUCUUCAUAGUAAACUUAUAGAUACAUCAGUUUGCUAUGAACUUGACGAGAUAUUAAACUAUCAUUUGCCUUCAUUGCAAGCUCAAAUACAACUUCUUGAGGAUAAAAAUGAUGAUACAAAACGAAAUCGUAUCCAUGUUGAUCGUAAAUGUGAACCAACAGUUGAAUUACUCAAAAAACAAUUAAAACAAUUGUAUGUUCUCAUUAACGUAAAAUUGGAUACUGCAGCAAGAAUAGAAAAAGAUGAAAAAAUAGCAGCAUUAAAAAUGACAGUAGAAAAUUUACGCAGCAAAACAUGUGAUGAAGAAGAAUUGGUGAAACUCGAAGAACAAUUACAACAAUUUUCUGUUGAAGAUGAAAAUGUGCAGACAUUAGCAGCUGAUGUGAAAAAACUACGUGCAGAUAAGAAUGCACAAAUGGAAUAUUUGAAAGUGCUGAAUGACAAAUUUGAAAAAUUAAGAAUUCGUAUGAAAACAUUACAAAAAUGUAAGGAUGAUGCGCAUUCAGUCUCUACAAUUGAUGAAAAAUGUAAUGCAUUUGAAUCAGUAUAUAAUGAAGCAUGCGAAAUAUUACUAUCGAUAAAUGAGCUAAUUAAUGAAUCGACUGUACAUAAUAUCGAUCCAGUAUUUUUUGUAUCAGAAUAUGAACAUGUAAAAGAUUUCGCUAAGGAUUGCAAGGUAAAAAUGUUUUUAUUGAAUUUUAUUUUGAUAGUAAUUGAAAGAAAGAUGAGAAAAUAUAUCAUUAGUUAUAAUAUUUUAAUUUAUUGCAUUGUUUAAUU